CGGACGGACAAAGCGCCCGAACGGCCAGAGUCAUGUGUCCGAUGUAAGCUUCUCCGAGCUCUGCUGAGACAUGGUGCUACCUGAAAAAAACUCCAGUUCAUCUGCUCUCAAGAAGACCCCUGAGCAGCAUGCUCCGAGGCACCAGAGCAUGCCCUCUCCAGCCCUGUGCUGCGCCUGUGGGCUGUGCAUCAUGCUGGCUGGCAUCAACAUCACCCUGGUGGGAGCGUUUGCAUUUGGUACCUUCAUCCCUACAAGCAAUCCUCCCAUCUUCAUUGGGCCUCUUCUUCUACUCAUAGCGCUGGCUUUCUUUACAGCCUGCUGCGUCAUCAGCAGGAGACCUCAAGCCCACACUGCCCAUAAGGCCAAAGGAGGUGAGAAAUGGGCGCUGAUGAGGAUGGGGGCAGUUGCUUUUGAGAUGGAGACGAGCGAGCACACGCUUCAGGACACGACAGCUGUCCAGCUCAGCCCCACCAACUCCCCUAGCUCAUCUCACAAAUCCAGCUCCAUCCAAGGGGAAGCCGCUGCCCCGCCUUCCUGUCAGGAUGAAGCCACUGAGCAGCACACAUCUGAGACCUGUGGCUCUGGAGAUAAACCCACUCUGAGCUCCGACUGCCGGGAGAGCACUUCCACACAGACGCUGCCUGAUCACAUCACUACAUAG